AUGGAUUCUUCGUAUGGGCAAACUGGUCCGCAGUACAGCCUACCACAAAACAGCGAUGCCGCCUACGUCGAGAAUGGCUUACACCCUGUCCCGGCUGAUCAGACAGACAAAAUAAUCAACUCGGCUCAUUACGUUCCAUAUGACCAAUACAAGCCAGUACCUCUAUCGCCUGAUCAGGGGAUGAAGACGUCAUCGUUGAUGCCGAAGAAAAGGAUAUGCGGCGUGGGUAGGGGAAUGUUUAUUCUCUUUUGUGUGCUGGCAUUCUUCAUCGUGGCUCUUGUCGUCAUUGCUGGUCUGUUUGGAGCCAUGCUCGCGAACCAAUCCGUAGAGAUUCUCGACCUCAAGAACACCACACCAACAAAAGAGACAUCAACUGCUGCUGCUGCCACAACAACCUGGGUCGAGGUCAACGACUGGGAGUUUAUCGGCUGCUGGAUGGAUGGCGACGAGCGCAUAUUCCCAGACAAGAACGUGGUCAUCAAGAAUCAGACGAAUCGGCUUUGCGCUGCCGCGUGCGCCGGUUACGAGUACUUCGGAACCGAGUUCGGGGAUCAGUGCUAUUGUUCCAAGACGGCGCCAAAGACGGCGGCGCCCGCGUGGAACUGCGAUAUGCACUGUGCCGGCGCUCCGAACUCGGAAAUAUGCGGAGGCUACUACUUCAUGAGUGCGUGGAAGAGGAAGUCAUCAUGA